ACCACAGUAACCAAAGCAUCUGUGUUGAAGGAAACAUAUCACAGCUCGAUCAGCUUCGCAGACCUUCACUGUGACUUUGGUCUACUUCAGUUUGAAAACCAGGAAGUAAUUUUAUGCUCCUUUUAUUGGCUGUUGCUGUUGAAAGUCACUGGUAAGUUUAUUACAUUUCAUUCCUCGGCACAUAAGAACUAACUGUAAUUGUGAUGUAAACGUGUAGAUAAGGCACUGUAGAGGAUGUGUUGAGUUUCAUUUCCUCAGUGAAACAAGGCGAGGCACAAAGAGGUUCAGUGGGAGGUUGCUUCAUCGUUGUUUAUGGCUUAGAUUUCUGAAGAUGGAAAAAAGAAGUCAACCUCAAGAACCAGCUCCCCCGUAUCCCGGCCCACCCCUUAAUUAUGGAGGUCCAGGGCCUCAGCAAGGAUUCUACCCUCAGCCUGGCUUGGCCCCUCAACAAGGUUAUGCCCCCCAACCGGGUUAUGCUCCUCAACCGGGUUAUGCCCACCAAACGGGUACCGCCCCUCAACCAGGUUAUGCUCCUCAACCGGGUUAUGCCCACCAAACGGGUACCGCCCCUCAACCGGGCAUCGCCCCUCAACCGGGUUAUGCUCCUCAACCGGGUAAUGCCCCCCAACCGGGUACCGCCCCUCAACCGGGUAUCGCCCCUCAACCGGGUUAUGCCCACCAAACGGGUACCGCCCCUCAACCGGGUAUCGCCCCUCAACCGGGUUAUGCUCCUCAACCGGGUAAUGCCCCCCAACCGGGUAUCGACCCUCAACCGGGUUAUGCUCCUCAACCGGGUAAUGCCCCCCAACCGGGUAUCGACCCUCAACCGGGUUAUGCUCCUCAACCGGGUUUCGCCCCUGCUACAUCUCAAGGUGUUGCCUAUGCUCCUGUUCCGACUGCACCAGUAGUGACUCAAGUGGUGGUAUCACAGUCACAUGCUCUACGUGACCUCCCAGGACAAACGGUGUGUCCUCACUGCCACCAGAAUGUCGUCACCUUCGUAAGGCACUCUUCAGGCCUCCUGUCCUGGGCCAUCGGUGUUGGACUCUUCAUCAUUGGAUGUUGGGUUUGCUGCUUUAUUCCGUUCUGCAUUGAUUCCUGUAAAGACGUCGAGCAUCACUGUCCGACUUGUAACAGAAUCAUCUACGUCCACAAACGGCUGUAAAACUAGAACUCCACAGUCAACAGGUAUGAGAAGGAAUGCUGUCAGGAGCCUAUCAACAUUCCUCAGGGAGUCUCUUCUUAGGUGUGUGAGACAUGAGGCAUAACGUAAAAAAUCAGAGCAACUUUUCUAACAAAUGUAAUAAUAAUAAUAUAUCUUUCGCUUUCUUAUUAAGGGAAUGUUGUUUUUAUAUUUGCAUUUUCUUAACGCCUUUUACUGUUUCUGUAUGUGACGUUUCUGGGCAAAAAUUGGUUUUUUAUCAUUCUUCUGCUAUUAGUACAAAUGUAGGUUGAAUGUAAAAACUGAGGAAACAAUGUUUUGCGAGAGAAAUUUGAAAUGUGGUCAAGCUAGAUUAUAUACCAGCAUCUCUGCUGCCUCAUUUUACAUCCAGUGUCAUCUAUCUUCUUGGUGUUCUUGUUUUAUGUUUUAUCAAAUAAAAAACUUUGUUGCCAA